AGAGAAAACAGAAGAAAUCCUGUUUGCAGACUUCAAGUUCUUAGUGUCUCACCACUAUUUAAAACCUGCUUCCUCCCCUGAUCAGACACCAGACAUGAGACAAAGUCCCGAUGAGGAAGGGGAGGAGAUGGAAGAGGUGGAGGAAAAAGAAGAUGUGAUACCUACAGUUAUGAUGGACAUGAUGAACACGGAGAAUGACUUCCCAUCUAAAGCUCAUUUCCUGUCUAGAUUGUACGGUUUACAAGAAUUUGUUGUGAUUGCACCCUCCAGUAAGUCUGAUGCCAUCGAUAGUGAGAGUCGAAUUAAACUACUGCUCAGCUCAGUGUCCAUAGCAUUAAGUAAUGCUGGAUGUCCAGUGCCAGUGUUAAUACAGAUCCAACAGUUCUGGCGACAGAUGUAUUCAGGGAUAUGUCUGAUGUCGGGGACCACUAUUAACUUUGACGUCAUACAGUUUCAAAAGAUUCCUCCCCAAUACAACCAUCUUGCGGGUUUGUUGGACGUGUUCAAAGCUAAACUUGCUACCCAAAUAACUCCAAGACCGAAGGUUACUGUUGCUGUCAGAUUUACCUACUUCCUGCAAGAGUGGGUUAACUCCCCUUGGCCACAAGAACCACCCGAUCUAUCUUCUCUGAUGGAGGAUGAGAUAGGGUGUACAUCCUUCAGUAGCCUACCUUUUGGAGCAAGUGAAGAUCCUGUGAGUGAACUGCGACUAGCCUGCACCUGGCCGAGCUUGUCAGAGGAUAUGAUUGUCGAGAACCAGAAUUACAGUGACCUUGACCCGCUGCAGGCUCCUCAGUGGUCAGUGAAAAUUGGCAUGUCAGAUGACCCCAACUGCUUAUUAGGAUAUUAUCUACAGAGCUUUGUGAAACAUGGCUACCGACAGGAGAGCACAGAGGAACUGCUCUGGAAUAUGGUGGUGACAGACGAGGAGACAGACCAGACCGGAGAUAUCAGUCAAGCUCUACAGAAACUAACAGAACCAAAUGUGGGCUACAGUAUCCCUUCAAUAUCCAACGUGGUCAGUCGUGCAAGUAGUCGUAUGACGGUGAAGACAGGAGUGGCACCAUUAUCAGCAGAUCUUCUUACAGAGAUCCUAGAGUUCUUGUUCCCGGAUGCUAAAGACUCGACUGACAAACAGAAGGAGGAUGGUGAAGAAGAGAAGGAAACAGACGCUACUGAAGUUGAUCCUCCAGAGUCUGACAACCGAUAUACGGACGUCAUCAGGAACCUUUCUAAGCAGUUGAAGUCCUGUCCUAAUGACACGUUGGUGCACAGUCUGGCUGUGUGUCUGUGUAUCAUCAAUAUCAGUAAUGGGGGUCUCCGGGGCUUAGCUCAGCUGUGGCAGGAGUUUGUCCUCGAGAUGAGGUACCGCUGGGAAAAUAAAUGUUUUAUUAAAGGUAUAGAGCCUGGUGCUCCAAACUUGGGAUCAUGUCUGAUCUACCAGAAACUACAGAUGCUAAACUGUUGCAUUGAGCGAAAAAUGAAAAGAGAACAGUUAUAUAAAGGUUAUGAAGGUAACAUAGACAGUUCAUGUUUGUCUGAGAACGAGAACAUAAUUAAGGAAACUGAGACAGGAAGUGGUGAUCGCAGAAAUGCGGACAGAAGAACAUCGGAAAGUGUAAAAGCAGAUGCUUCAGUGUCUAGUGAAGAUUUCAAACAUAGAAGCCUGUCAGACUCAAGUUUACAGGACAGAGCUGCUAAGUUAUCUCACAUGGAUGUACAGAGUUCCAGUGAGGAUGAGUUUUUCGAAUGUGAUGAAGCGACUUCUCGGAAGGGAAGUAUGGAAGUGAACCAGGAAAAUGAAGAGGAAACGGAAAAGAAGGAAUCCUGGAAAAAGCGUCUAGAUGACCCAGAUAAAGAGGCAGAUGAAUGUGAUAAUGUUAGUGAUAAUGGCUUGGAGGAGCCAGGAAGUGGAGACAGUUUGGACUCUAGCAGUGACACAGCUUUUAAAGAGAGUUUUACUCAUGGACCUGUGGGGCGAUUGGCCCCUUUUGGAGAUCUAACAUUGAUUGAAUCAGGAGAACAGAUGUACAUUCCUGUGACACAGGAACCUGCUCCUAUGACAGAGGACAUGCUGGAGGAACAUGCUGAGAUUCUGGCAAGAUUAGGAACAUCAUCUGAGGGAGCACAGCUGAGGGCAAGAAUGCAGAGUGCUUGUCUUAUGUCUGAUAUGGAGUCCUUCAAGGCUGCCAAUCCAGGCUGUACAUUGAUUGACUUUGUACGUUGGUAUUCCCCUCGAGAUUGGAUUGAGGAGGAAGUCAUAGAUGAUGAGGGACAAGUUAAUAAAAAAUGUCAUUUGAGUGCCAGGAUGAUGAUUCCAGGAAACAUCUGGAAAGAGGCUUGGGAAUCCAGUCAAGCAAUUCCAGCGCGGCGACAAAAACGCCUUUUUGAUGACACAAAGGAGGCAGAAAAGGUGCUGCACUUUUUGUCUUCGAUGAAACCAGCCAAUCUUGUCCUCAAUCUUAUGCCAGUCCUCAUUCACUCUGCCAUUAUUAAAGUCAUCCAGAAUGAGGAUUCUGAUAUUCCUAAGCUGAAAGAUGUGCUGGACAGUCUUAUCAAUCGUGCAUCCAAAGUCACCCGAGCAGCUCAUCAGGAUAUCAAGAAAUACGAGGACGUGGUGAGAUAUAUCAAUCUUGCCGAGACAAUGAUAGCUAGAGCGAAAUCUCUCAAGUCCAAGUUCACCAAGGAUCUUCUUGAUCACAAAAACGCUGAGAGGGAGAUGGAGCAGUUUGUUAGCGAGUUAUUACACCACCAGGAAGUCGCAGUUCGAGGUGGACCCUACGGCCCUGCAGGAUCUUGUAUACACAAGUUAUUUAUAGCUGCUCAAAAGGAAAUCAACAUGGUUGUAGACGAUGGUGAGGAGAAAGAAGAGGAUGGUAGAAUGAGCAGCUUGUCGGCAUUCCCACGCCCUGUCGGGCGCGAGUACAUCCUUCGAACAUUUUGUCCUCGACCAGCUGCCUACUCAAAGUCAUUACCUCACAGACUGUAUUGUAAUAUUAUGGAGGGCCAUGAGUUUCACCUGGCUGGAGCUUUCUCUACAGACACAACCUUCCAGUGACACCUCACCCUGAUACAGACACAACCUUCCAGUGACACCUCACCCGAUACAGACACAACCUUCCAGUGACACCUCACCCGAUACAGACACAAUCUUUUAGUGACACCUCACCCCGAUACAGACACAAUCUUUCAGUGACACCUCACCCCGAUACAGACACAACCUUCCAGUGACACCUCACCCCGAUACAGACACAACCUUCCAGUGACACCUCACCCAGAUACAGACACAACCUUCCAGUGACACCUCACCCCGAUAUAGACACAACCUUUCAGUGACACCUCACCCCGAUACAGACACAAACCUUCCAGUGACACCUCACCCAGAUACAGACACAACCUUCCAGUGACACCUCACCCCGAUAUAGACACAACCUUUCAGUGACACCUCACCCCGAUAUAGACACAACCUUUCAGUGACAUCUUACCCAGAUACAGACACAACCUUCAAGUGACACCUCACCCUGAUACAGAAACAACCUUUCAGUGACACCUCACCCAGAUACAGAAACAACCUUUCAGUGACACCUCACCCUGAUACAGAAACAACCUUUCAGUGACACCUCACCCAAAUGCAGACACAACCUUUCAGUGACACCUCACCCAGAUACAGAAACAACCUUUCAGUGACACCUCACCCUGAUACAGAAACAAUCUUUCAGUGACACCUCACCCUGAUACAGACACAACCUUUCAGUGACACCUCACCCAGAUACAGACACAACCUGUCAGUGACACCUCACCCAGAUACAGAAACAACCUUUCAGUGACACCUCACCCUGAUACAGAAACAACCUUUCAGUGACACCUCACCCAGAUACAGAAACAACCUUUCAGUGACACCUCACCCUGAUACAGAAACAACCUUUCAGUGACACCUCACCCAGAUACAGAAACAACCUUUCAGUGACACCUCACCCUGAUACUGAAACAACCUUUCAGUGACACCUCACCCAGAUACAGACACAACCUUUCAGUGACAUCUUACCCAGAUACAGACACAAUCUUUCAGUGACAUCUUACCCAGAUACAGACACAACCUUCCAGUGACAUCUCACCCUGAUACAGACACAACCUUCCAGUGACAUCUUACCAAGAUACAGACACAACCUUCCAGUGACAUCUUACCCAGAUACAGACACAACCUUUCAGUGACAUCUUACCCAGAUACAGACACAACCUUCCAGCAACAUCUUACCCAGAUACAGACACAACCUUUCAGUGACAUCUUACCCAGAUACAGACACAACCUUUCAGUGACACCUCACCCAGAUACAGACACAAUCUUUCAGUGACAUCUUACCCAGAUACAGACACAACCUUCCAGUGACAUCUCACCCUGAUACAGACACAACCUUCCAGUGACAUCUUACCCAGAUACAGACACAAUCUUUCAGUGACAUCUUACCCAGAUACAGACACAACCUUCCAGUGACAUCUUACCCAGAUACAGACACAACCUUUCAGUGACAUCUUACCCAGAUACAGACACAACCUUCCAGCAACAUCUUACCCAGAUACAGACACAACCUUUCAGUGACAUCUUACCCAGAUACAGACACAACCUUCCAGCAACAUCUUACCCUGAUACAGACACAACCUUCCAGCAACAUCUUACCCUGCUGCAGACACAACCUUCCAGCAACAUCUUACCCUGCUACAGACACAACCUUCCAGCAACAUCUUACCCAGAUACAGACACAACCUUCCAGCAACAUCUUACCCAGAUACAGACACAACCUUCCAGUGACACCUUACCCCGAUACAGACACAACCUCCCAGUGACACCUCACCCCGAUACAGACACAACCUUUCAGUGACACCUUACCCCGAUACAGACACAACCUCCCAGUGACACCUCACCCCGAUACAGACACAACCUUCCAGUGACAUCUCACCCAGAUACAGACAUUUGUGGCAUCAUUUAAGUCUCUGACACUGUCAGAUUCCAGAGUCUGGGUGAUCAAACAUACAUGUAUUUAUAUUCAUAAAGUGUACUGUUAGCUUGUUUGAGAUGUAAAUGUCUUCUGCUUUUUUUGUUAUUAAAUUAAUAUGUAUAAAAUCUUA